AUGCAAAAGAAAGAUAGGAAGAACUGUAAGAGGCCAGUAUGGCUCCAUCACAAGCUCUUUAAUGACCUGAAAAUUAAAAAGGAAUCCUACAAAAACUGGAAACUUGAGCAAACUGCAAAGGAGGAAUACAGAAGAAUAGCACAAGCAUAUGACGCCAAUCUGGGAGAUGUUGCAAGCACUUUGGAGGACAGGAUUAAAAUUCAAAACCCCCUUGACAAAUUGGGGAAUUCGUCUGAAAUCAAAAAGAUGAAAUUCAAUAAAGUAAGACCGGCUGCUGCAGUAGACCUAGACUCCAGCGGGUGCACGUGCGGCCCUGUGAGUAAUUUUUGUUUUUACCGCUGCCUUGUGCCAGGCCGUGUUACCAUAAGCUUGCCCCUGAACCCCAAGCCCUUCCUGAACGGGCUGACGGGGAAGCCAGUGAUGGUGAAGCUGAAGUGGGGGAUGGAGUACAAGGGCUACCUGGUGUCUGUCAACGGCUAUAUGAACAUGCAGCUUGCAAACACAGAAGAAUACAUAGAUGGUGCAUUGUCAGGACACCUUGGUGAAGUUUUGAUAAGAUGUAACAAUGUCCUGUACAUCAGAGGAGUAGAAGAAGAUGGAGAAAUGAAGAAUAAGUUUGUAUAUUUCUGGAAAAUAAAGAUCAGUUUUCACACACAUAAAAAAUAACAUGAGAGAGAGAGAGAGAGAGAUCUCAAGGGUUGGACUGUGGCUUUUUUAUGUUGAGUUUUCAGAGAAAGGAGGGAGCUGUCUCCCCCAGAAGAAACACCAGAGACUAGGAGUGCACAGACAGCUAUUGUGAAAGGUCCUUGUACAGCCCCAUGCAGGAAAAAGCUCUGUGCAUCCUUCCAUCUCUGCAUGGCUGUUCAGCAGCUGCUUAUGAUCUAGCCCAUAUGAGCAGAGUGAUAGUGGCACAUACUCAGCAUAAGACAUGAUUUUGUUUCUGGACAUUACCGCACACUAAAACAAUUUCUGUCCUCAGCUACACCUGUGCAACCACAAGCAAAGGUAUAUCUCCAACAUCACCUCGUUUAGUUUUGGUGUGAUGGGAACUUUAAGUAAUAAAAACAAAUUCAGCCCUAGGCUACAUUUAGGGUUAUUUGAUGUUAUUAGACUGAUCUAUGACAAUAAGAAGAUAUUGCCAUUUUUAAUAUUCCAGUAAAACAUUUGAAAAAAAUUAGAAAAAUUGAUGUGCUAUAUAUACUGACACUAACAGGGGAUACUAAUAUAGUGGAUAACAGUUAUCACCUGUGGGUCAAAUUCUGCCCUCAGUUACGUCCCACACUCUUCUCAGUCAAAAACAUCACCUUAAGCAGGAGUUUUCUCUCAUUCAUGUACUGGCCUGGCCCUACCUUUUCCCGAAUGACUGAAAGGGAUCACAGCACAGGGUACACCUAUUAAACUCAACGUGGUCGCAUAAGGUUAAAGAAAUUUAACUUCAUAACAAGUUAAAGAAGUAUGGGCUGGAUGAAUGGACUAUAAGGUGGAUAGAAAGCUGGCUAGAUCAUCAGGCUG